CAUGCAGGAGAACUAUGAGAGUGUGACCUCGCUGGGGUUUCCAGUUUCCAAACCUCAUAUAAUCUCCCAUCUGGAACAAAGAGAAGAGCCAUGGGUCCCAGACCUCCAGGGUUCAGAGGAAAGACAGAUCCUGAGAGCUCCCCACACAGCAGGUAAUGCAAUGGUAGGUGAGAAAGAGGAGCAGAAUUCUCAGCUGUAAAAUAUCGAGCAAGUGGAUAAACACAGAGCAUUAUCACAAAGAUCGAAAAGGCAUGUGUCGAGGAGUCAUGAGCAGGGAAACUCCUGGGAGAUUCAGCACAGACCAGAAAGAGAGCAGGGAAACCAGCCAGGAGAGAGAGUAGGUAAAUUUAUUUUCUGUCGGGGAACUCAGAAGAGCCUCAAGGAAACCACGUCACAGCAGGAAAUCCUCAUGGUAAAGAGGAAAAAUACAUGCUGUGAGUGUGGGAAAAGCUUCUCUAGCAGCUCAGCCCUUUCUCAACAUCAGAGAAUCCACACAGGGGAGAGGCCCUAUGAAUGCCGUGAGUGUGGGAAAACCUUCACUCACAGAUCAGCCCUUUCUAGACAUCAGAGAAUUCACACGAGGGACAGGCCUUAUGAAUGCCGUGAUGAGUGUGGGAAAAACUUCACUAGCAGCUCAAACCUUUCUCAACAUCAGAGAAUCCACAUAGGGGAGAGGCCCUAUGAAUGCCGUGAGUGUGGGAAAACCUUCACUCACAGAUCAGCCCUUUCUCAACAUCAGAGAAUCCAUACAGGGGAGAGGCCCUAUGAAUGCCGUGAGUGUGGGAAAACCUUCACUCACAGAUCAUACCUUUCUAAACAUCACAGAAUCCACACAAGGCAGAGGCCCUAUGAAUGCCAUGAGUGUGGGGAAACCUUCAUUUACAGAUCAGGCCUUUCUAGACAUCAGAGAAUCCACACGAGGAAGAGGCCCUACAAAUGCCGUGAGUGCGGGAAAAGCUUUAUUACCAGCUUGGCCCUUUCUCAACAUCAGAGAAUCCACACAGGGAAGAGAUGCUAUGAAUGCCGUGAGUGUGGGAAAACCUUCCUUUACAGAUCAGGCCUUUCUAAACAUCAGAGAAUCCACACAGGGAAGAGGCCCUAUGAAUGCCGUGAGUGUGGGAAAAGCUUCAUUGAAAGAUCAGCCCUUUCUCAACAUCAGAGAAUGCAUGCAGGGGAGAGGCCCUUUGAAUGCAGUGAGUGUGGGAAAAGCUUCACUCAAAGCUCUCACCUUACCGGGCAUCAGAGAAUCCACACAGGAGAGAGGCCCUAUGUAUGCUGUGAGUGUGGGAAAACCUUCAGUUGCAGCUCAAACCUUCUUACCCAUCUCAGAAUCCACACAGGGGAAAGGCCGUAUAAAUGCAGUGAUUGUGGGGAAAACUUCAUUCACCGCCAGCAGCUUAUUAGCCAUCAGAGAAUCCACACAGGUAUGAGACCCAAUGGAAGCGGUGAGUGUGGGAAAACCUUGUCUUGCCACUGAGCCCAUGUGAGCCAUCAGAGAAUC